AUGGUCUUCACCAGUCAACAUGUCCCCAAGCUCUCCUACGGCGACACCCUCUCCUAUACCGACCGCAGCUAUCGCGUUCUGGACUGCCUGGGGCACGGCUCCUUCGGCGUCGUCUACGCUGCCCUCGAGCUCCGCGAGGGCAACAAGCCCCCCAUCCCCCGCGCGAUCAAGAUCAUGCGAAACGACAACAUCAUCCUCCCCCUGCACCACCUCCGCGAAAUCACCACGCACUUGGACGUCUCCAAGGCGUGCCACGUCGCGACGCUCGACCACGUCUUCUGGAACAGGUCCUACAUCUACCUCGUCAUGGACUACUACUCCGGGGGCAACCUCUACGACUUCCUGCGCCUGCGCCGCUGGCAGCCCGUCGCGGGCAACACCCCCGAGCUCAAGCGCGUCUUCCUCCAGAUCCUCGACGGCGUCGCGGCGUGCCACGCCAAGUGCAUCGCGCACACGGACCUGAAGCUCACGAACGUGCUCGUCAGCGGGCCCGACAUGGCGCACGUCGCGCUCACCGACUUCGGGCUCGCGAACCGCGAGCUGCACACGGACGCGUUCGGGCGCGGGACGCCGCAGUUCUUGUGUCCCGAGGCGAUCACGAUGCCCUCCACCGGGCUCUACAACUCCGAGCGGAACGACAUCUGGGCGCUCGCCGUCCUCCUCGUCCACCUCGCCACCGGCCGGCUGCCGUGGCACCGCGCGUGCGCGGCGGACGACCCGAACUUCCGCGCGUUCUGCGCCGCGCCCGAGGCGUUCCUCGCCACCGCGCUCCCGCUCGCGCCCGCGCUCGCGGCGGUCCUCCGCCAGGCGCUCGCGCUCGACCCGCUCGCCGCGCUGCCGCUCGCGGGGCUCCGGCGCGCGAUCGUCCGCCUCGACUCGUUCUGGCAGACCGAGGCGGAGAUCGCGCAGGGGAGCGGGCACGUGCGGGACGUCUGGAGCGCGUACAGGUACGGGGUGGGGCAGCCGGCGGACGCGGACGGGCACCACCCGGCGUACCUGGAGCUUCCGCCUGUGGUCAGGCCGGUUGUGGUGGAGGAGGUUGUGGUGGAGGUCAAGAAGGUGACUCCGAAGAGUCUGCCUCCACUCACCGGCUCGGGCAGCACCGGAGAGGACAGCGAGGGACCGGCGUCGGAGUUGUUCAAGUUGUCGCACAUCGUCCGCAUCGCGCAAGGGCUCUGGGGCGACAAGGCGGAAGGGAAGGGGGUCUUCGAGGAUUUGACCAUGGAGGCCCGGGUUGAGUGCGUCGCAUAG